AUGGAUACAAACACGGAGCGGUUCAACACGUCGUCCCGGAGGACAUCGUGGACCAGGGACUGGAAGGCAGCGGGGGCGUUGUUUCAGCUGCUCUGUGCGUUCACGGUGCUCGCGGUGCCCAAGGUCACGGUGCCGGGCCGCGGGGUGCCGGGGCCCGGGCACGCUCCUCAGCUCAGCAUUGACCUCUCCUCCUCUUCGUUGAUUCUCAGCAAGGCAAACGACGCCCCUUGUAUGUGGUCGUCGGGGCUUUAUCACCAAGACAUGGAAUCACCGAUUGAGAAAGUGAUGGCACGUUUUUCUCAGACAUGGAAAAUGCAGCAAGAAAACUCUACAAUGUUCAGAGAUCUGCUGAGAAGCACGUGUCAGGGUUAUACCAAGGCCGUCAUGACACAGGAAAAUACCCCGGUGGGAUCCCAGAUUGUGUACGACGGUGCAAAAGGAAACACAAGUGUGACGUCAGACAUUUUUGACACCUUAGCAAAGAAGAAUCCGUUCUCGAGCAAACCCUGGGAUACCUGCUCUGUUGUUGGCAAUGGAGGGAUUUUGUCCAACAGCACCUGUGGAGAGAUGAUAGAUUCAGCCCAGUUCGUCAUCAGGUGUAACCUACCUCCUGUGGGGAGCAGCCACCUCAAGGAUGUAGGCAAGAAGACAGGCCUUGUGACGGCCAAUCCAAGCAUCCUUAAUCAGAAAUUCAGUGGUCUACUGGAUCGCCGACGUCCCUUCGUCGAUAGCAUGAGUCACUACAAGGAUGCUCUGAUACUCCUGCCAGCGUUCACACUCUCCAAAAACAUCCAGCCUUCCCUGAGGGUCGUCUACACCAUCGAGGAGUCAUUGAGCCCAAUCAGGCCGGUGUUCCUCAACCCAGAGUACAUUCGGAACCUGCACAGCUUCUGGAGCUCCAAGGGCCUGAAGAAGCGUCUGAGCUCUGGCUUCAUGGUGGCCAGCCUGGCACUGGAACUUUGCACCAAUGUACACCUAUAUGGGUUCUGGCCCUUUGACCAACACCCGCUAUUACAGCAGCCCCUCAACAACCACUACUAUGACAACGUACCGAGUAAGAAGAAGGUUCAUGCAAUGCCUGACGAGUUUGACCAUUUGUUGAGGUUACACGAGCAGGGCGUACUCAAAAUACACCUGGGGGAGUGUGUGUAG